AUGAAGCUAAGGCGUAGCGUUCCUGUGACCCCUCCUCCUGCAGGGGGCAGAGGUCCGGGGGGGGAUUCAGAGGAGGAGGUGGAAGAGGCGGGGUCUGUGGAGCGGGUGGUGCUGGUGGAGAAGGACGGCUCCGCCCAGGUGAUGGUGUUCCCAGAGCGCCGCGCGGCUCACGUCUUCCUCGCAGACGGAACCGUUGUCAUGGGAGACGGCUGCGGAGUCUAUCAGGUGUUUCCCUCCAAAGCAGGCCGGCUUCUGAUUGGGCAGGACGGGACAUGUAUUUACUAUCCAGACUCCACCCCCUCUAGCCCUGGUAGCCAAUCAGGAAGCUACAGACUGAGCACGACACAUGGGCCGACCUGUGACGUCACAGACCCUGAGGGAAACCGCUUCCAGGUGCAGCAGAGCGGCCAGGUGUCUGUGGUCCUCAGCGCUGCAUCAAGGGCGUCUGAGGAGGAAGACCUCACACAUGGAGAGCACUCUCCCAGGCUGUUCUUGGUGCAUGAGGACGGCUCAGGGACCGAGCUGCUGCACUGUGAGGAGGCGGAGCCUCUCCUCAAGAUGGCUCCCAGUGGGCCGGCCCAGCUAGCAAAAGAGAGACCGUCUGCUGUCUCCAUGGAGAGACCGUCUGCUGUCUCCAUGGAGAGACCGUCUGCCGUCUCCGUAGUGAGACCAGCCCAUCCUCCUAAACGUGAUCGCAGAAUCGUGCCGCUCAACCUCCGAGACCGCAGCUGGCUCAACUUCCCAAUAGCAGAGAUGAAGACCCUUGGUCCUCCGUUUGGGUCUGACCUGGGACGUGGUCUUGCUCUGAGGGAAGGACCACCUGUCCAGGCCCCUCAGGUCCAGGACUCCCCGAGUCCUCCCCAGAUCCUUCAGGUCCAUGAGCUGGUGGUCUACCCGCCCCCCUGCAAAAGGCUCAGAGAGACCCUGGACUCACGCCUGGAGGGCUUCAGGCAGCGUCUCAUGAGGAGGGAGCAGCUGUCAGAAGACAUGAGGCCUCUUCAAAAGAUUCCUGAUGCAGGCUGGGAGAGACACCAGAGGACUGCAGCCCCUGAUUUGCAUUCAGACUCUCCUGAAGAAUCUUCCAGAAAAGAAAGUGAAAGACCAACAGAGACACCGUGGGCACAGAGGAGAGUGAAACACAGACAGGAGCUGGCCGAGGACAGAGCUCAGCGAGCGGCCUUGAGGAGCAGGCAGGUCGUCUCUUACUUCCACCCUGAGAACGUGCUGCUUCAUCAGAAGAGCCCCACAUGAGCGUCUCCCCCCUGGGCGCCCCGCAUCUCCCCCCGCUGUCCCCCUGGAAGGCCCUGCCCCCCCGAUGGAAGCCCGGCAGCGAGCUCACCAUGAAUAAAGAACUACUAGCAAGAAGAAAGUAAACUACGUCUGAGCGCUUGUCCAAGUGACGUCACCGUGUUGGAGUCCCGUAUGUGUUGCUGUUGUGUGCAGAGUUUCAGUCGUUGAGUCCUGUUGGUGAUACCAUCGUCUUGCUGUUCAGUCACCUCUAUUCAAACGUCAACCACAAGUUGAACCUCUGGGAGAGAACAUUUCAUUUUUUUAGAUCUUUAGAACCUUUGACCAAUUAGAGAGCCUCGUGGGGAGCUCCUCCUCCCUGUUCGGAGACAUGCUUCCAGUUCUUCCGCGGUGCAGGUGGGAGCCACUGUGAUGCACACUGCCUGUGAUUCUGUCAAGAUUUCUACUAAUAAAGACAACCAGUGGAAUGAUG